AUGUGUCCGGUUGGCGGUAAUAAAUCUUCAGAGUUCGGACUACCCAUCAAUAAGAUCAUCAAUACCUUCUCAGAUUCAAUCCUGGCAAUCACCAGUGCGGCUCCAUCGUGCAAUGGCUUCCAAACACCGUACAUCAAGGCUUCAACAACACCCUGGUGGACGAAUCAUCAAAACUUUCCGAUCAUUACAUCAAACCAGAACAAAGAACCAAACCCAGAAUUAGCGUGCAUAUCAACUAACCAGAACAUAUUUAAUAUAGUGGAAGAGUCCAAAGCCCAUUGCAAAGGACAGGACUACAGAGUGACAUUUUACCUUCAAACUGAUGAUGAUUACACGAAACUUGACUCAUUUCUGAUGGACAAACAUUUAUUUCAUAACCUAUUGAUGAAAUAUAGCGAUUGGUCUCUGACGAGUGAAAAAGUUGGUUCAAUAAAUAAGGAACAAACGAUAAAAGAUAAUGAUGAAUUACAUCUACAUGGCGACAAUCUUAAUGAGCAUUUCAAAGAUCCAUUAACAAGCUCAGGUCAAACAAAAUGGCCAAUCAUAGUUAGGCUGCUAGAAAAAGAUAAAUUUAAUCGACCAAAAGAUAGAAAGUGUGUCUGUGAUGGUUUAGAACACCAAGAUACUGCCAAUGCGCAGAGUAAUACAAAUAAUGAUAAAGAUGAAAAGUAUCACACGAUUAAUCCAGUUUACAAUUCCAAAUACAAAUUUUAUGAAGUCGCGAUACCUGAAUAUAUAGACUCAUCGUCAUCACCUAAAACUAUUAAUGUUUAUAUAGAUAAAAAUAUUAAAAAUGAUGAAUAUGACAUCAAAUUGGUUGAACAAAAUAAGUCUUACACUGAAGAAACAAACAAAAGCGAGCCAGAAAAUCAAAAUGCAACGUUAAAAGAUUUUGUUAAAAAUCAUAAGAUUUCAGAGAUAAUUGAUAUUUUGUUCAAUGAUGAAAAUGUAAGCUAUAACAAACCAAUACUGUUUGAUUGUAACGGUACUGACACAGAUAUUGUAAAUUCCGAUGUAAAACACAUCUAUUCAACUGGAGAUUCUGCAGAGUAUCACAAAGAUGUUAAUGGUUAUUUUAAAAAUAUAGAAACUGGUGAAACAAUUUCAGAUUCAGGUAGUAAUGAAGUUUGCAACCGAGAGCCUAAAAUUGCUGAAAUAUUAAAUAGCACAGAUAAUUAUAACAAUGAAUUUGUUAUUACAGAUACAGCUGAUAGUACAGUUAAUUCGUACGCAACUAGAAAUAAUACUGGUGGAGUAAACAAUUACUAUUAUAAAUUACUCAAUGAUGAAAGUUUUCAAGCAACAGAGCCUACAGGAGCCAUCCCAAUUAUUAACACUAGCUAUUCAGUAGACGUGAAUCCUACGGUAUUAUCUUCACAAUCAGAUAAGUUCAAUUUUACUCAAACUUCAAAAGAACCCAAUUUUUUUAUGUUGCCUUUAACAGAAACUGAAAAAACUGAAUCAACACAACAUAUUAAUUGUGAAUACACUAAAAUUAAGAACUCAAAUGAAAUUUCAUGUGAAUAUGACAAAAAGCCAACGGAAUCUCCUUAUUUAAAUGCUUUACUCGAUACUGAAAAUCAGAAACCUUUCUACACCAUAGAUAAUAUUCCAUUUUUAGAUAAUCCUGAAGAUUACCCAGUACCACCACAAGUUGUGUACAGUAAACCUGUUCCAAAUGAAGACACUAAGUUCUAUAUUAAUGCUAAAAUAUCUGUAGCUCCCAGCAUCUCUUCUGAUUCAGACACAGAAGCUUUUUAUAUUAUACAUCAUAAUAUUACUCAGGAAGAAUCCAAGAAACCAACUUCAGACAAUGAAAUUCUGCCAACUGCUGACCUUGAAUUAGAAAUGCCUAUUUCAGAACUAUCUCAAAAUUUGCAAUCUGUUCCAAAUAUUACUUCAUCAUUCAGUGUUGAACCACUUGCUUAUAGAAAAAGUUCUAAAACUAUGGAACUAUCACCAAUAACUCAAAUAUCACAAAUGCCAAAAAUAAUACCGAAUUGUGAAACACUAGACAUAACGCCUUUCUCAUUAAGCACUACUAGUCCAUCAACUGAUGGAACACCACUGUUAAAACCAUUUGUCAAGAUGUCACAAUUAAGUAUCCCACAAGAGGAUGCUACUUUCACGACUUUUAUCUCUUUUCCGCAGUUUGAUAUUAUUUCACACCUACCAGAAAUCACUAAAACCAAUAAACCAGCGGUAUUAACUCCUAUAAAUCUUGCUAUGAGUCAUUUAAAACAAAGAAACAAUAAUCUCAAAGCACCAAAAACGAUAUCAAGGUGUCGUACUCCAUUCAUACAUUUAAAGACAUCUGAACCUUUAAGUGUUAGUCCAGUAUUACCUACAAUUGUAGAACCAUUCUCUUCAUUUUACUCUAGUAACUCACAGAACAUGCCACCAAUGCCCGUUGAAAGUUGGUUAACACCCGUUUCCAGUUUACAAAAAUAUAAAUUAUCAACUAAAUCUGGUACUCCUAAGUCAGAUAUUCCUAUUUCGUCUUCAAUCAUAGAAGCAGAAUUAUUACCUGUUCAGACUCCAACAAUCUCAGUGUCUAGACAAAAUUUACAACCUAAGUUUGACCCUUUAAGUUUAGCCAAUCCACGAAUUAAAAUAUACACAGAAGUACCUAAUGGAUCAACAGAAAUAUUGACGACAUCUAGCAAAGAACCACUUAUGAUAUACCCAUUACCAAUUAAUAAAAUGAAACCUGUAGAUCAUGACCAAGAACCAUACAUAGAUUCGUGGUCAACUACUCCUAUUCAAACAAACCUUUUUCCAAAGUUGAGUUUACCAUUAGUGACUGCUCCAUCACGUAUUACUUUAUCACCUCCAAUAACCCCCUCUGUUACAGUGUCCCCAUUAAAAUAUAAAAAUCAAAGCGCUAGAGACUCUUUCGAGACUAUAGCUUCGCCUGCUAAGCAUAAAUCGUUGAGGACUCAAAAAUAUAGUCAACCAACCUUAUCUCCUAUUUCAUCUGUUCCUUCUCAAGCAUCUACAACUUCUUUUUGUACAAGUUCUCCAUCUACUCUAGCACCUUCUACGUUCUGGCAAUCUUUAUCUAAAAUUCAACACCUGCAUUCAAAACCAGCACAAAAAAUUAAGCCAUUAUCCUCAUUUACACCAAUUUUACUUUCGGACAGCGAUAUGCAACAUUUCUUACCGUUGCCGGAGGUAGGUACAGUAGCUUCAUCUUUAACCCGAUCACCAAUAUAUACUAAUUUAUCAGAAAUCGUUCAGUUCACCGAACAACCAACAUCUACUUUGACAUCCGCAAUAAGCAAUAAACCUAUAACUUACAUACAAAAACUAAGUAACUACGAACCAAGUUUUCAGAAACUACAUUAUCAUAUUCCAUCAUCGACAGACUUUCUACUACCAAUUACUCAAGACUCCACCAAAUUAUCACAUCUCACUGCAGAAUUACCAACAAAUAGUCAAUUUCAACAACACUCUCCGAUUAUUCAACCCAUUCCAACCAGCAAUAUUGCGUCCAAUAUCUUGACGUGUGCUGAACAACCUACAAAACCAUACGUUGAAUCAAGUGUUGCUAAUAAAUUUAAUAAAAUAUUUCCUGUCACCUCAUCGUCUAGCGUUUUAGAACCUUCGAUAUCUACUUAUACCAGCCAUUUAUCCCAUAAGCCAAUGGCUAGACUGCUACCUUCGGCCUACCCUCAACUAGAAACCUCUUACGAUAGUAAUUUAAGAUCAAUAUUAUCUUACACGGAUAUAAAAAAUCUAUUUCAAGCAAAACCCUCUGCUGUCUCGACAAUGUUGCCAAUACCCCGCUCAUCUUUAAACUAUUUAGAGUAUUUACCUGACGAAAAAAGCUCAUUACAUUCUUUCUUUGUACCUAUCAGUGGUUCAUUAAGAAAGACCACAACAAUUGAAAACCCCAAUGCAAUUAUUCCAAAGAGGCACUUUGAACCUAUUUCUGCGUCGCUAGUUCCCAUAAAAGAUAUAUUAAAGUUUAAAGGUUUAUUUCAAAUGCCACUUCCAACCCCAACAGAUUCUUUAACUAAACCUUGUGUCUAUCCAUUCCAAGAAUAUCGGCAAGUGUCAGAACCAAAUUUAUUAAAAACUUAUGCACCGUACACGAGUCGGUUAAAAGUCAAAGGACCCUUCCCUCCAAUACUUAAAUUAAAUUAUACAAAAUUAUCAGAUAACGAAAUUAUUUCUUUGAAUCCCAUAUCACACGCUCAUUCCACUGUUUUUUCCACAAUACCAGUAGAAGUAACUAAAUCGUCAAUAAUACCAACACCACUAAUGUAUUCUGCUUUACCCACAGCUUUUCCAGCUUCUUAUACUUACUAUAGUGAAGGUAACCGACAAACAAAAUCUCCCUUGAGGUGGUCAGAGUCUUUGCCAAUUUACAAGGAACCACAAAAGAAUAUACCUCAGCCAAUACCUUUAGAUAACUUAUCAGCAUCGCCAGUUUUAAUCACACCUCUGAUGAAAGGAGAACCCCCAUCAUUAUUGUCAGACAGCACUACUCAUAUACCAUCACCAGUUACAAGUCCAAUAUACCUUACAUCGUUUUUAAGAACACCUGACAAAAUAAGCUCUCCAUUGAUGUACCCUGCAAAACCUUCUCCUACAUUACCUUACACUCAUCCAUCGUUACUAUCUCCAAUACUAAUGGCUGAUACAAAACCAAUAGGUGCAAUUACAUACAAACUGUCUGAACCACCCAACUUAGUGACUCCAUUAUCUUACACUACUAAACUGGUUCCCAAAAAUAUGCCAAAUAUACCCAGUGAACGUAUUAAUUUUAAAGAAAUCUUGCCUUGUGAAUGUAGAGCGCCUUUAUCGCCCGUAUCUUAUCACAGUUCAUCACAAAAGGUCUCUAAAGUGACACCAGUUUGGAUCACUCCAAAUUUAGCACCUUAUAAAAUUUAUCCAUUAACUUCUCUAAGUUUAGUUAAAACUAAAACAGACCCUGUAAUUCCAUUGAAUAAUAAUAACAUACCAAUUCAGACAGACAUCCAAGCAAUACCGUCAUCUGGUUUGCCCACUUCAUUUUUACACACAGUUUCAAACGCUUUUAGCGCUUUGCCUUUAGAAGAAACUACAUUACCUACAAUGCCACCAUCAUCAUUAAUAACUGGGUUGAAACCUUCAGAGUUUACCUCACCACUUUUACGACUUAAAUACAGUCCUCAAUUAAUCCAAAAAGCGGGGCAUGGUAUACCAUUAAGGCCUUUUACAUCAACUACGUCAAAGGUUCCUCAAUCUAAAAAAAAACUUUCAAGUCAACAUUCUCCUAUUCCAUAUCUACAAGAAGCCGUCCCUAGUUCUGUAUUUCUUAAACCAUCUACUCCAAUCGCAUCAUACCUUUUAGAACCAAUCCCUGAAGGUUUAAAAUCACUAAGGUUAAAUAACACUGAAUCUCCAAAAUGGAGAAGGAGUGAUACCUCCUCUUCAUCUCCAACUACCCCAGUACAUUACAUUAUUAACAUACCUUUGACAUCUGAUGAAACGGCAUCUAGCUUAAUAAAUACCUUGGGAACUUCACUAUUAGAUAGAGUAUCAAAACCGUAUUCACAAUCAUAUGUUCCAACGUAUAAACCAGUUUAUACUGAAAUACUAUCUACUCCUGUUAUAGCCGCAUCAUCUGUUGAAGCCACAGAACCUAUACUUCAAGCACCAAAUAUAAAUAAAAUAAAAUAUACACCACUAAAUUAUUAUCCAAAAUCAGUUUCUGGACUCCCUCAACCGGCUUCAUAUAAAUCUGAAUAUAUACCACAAAUUAUAUCUCCUUUACAACCAUCUGAAAUGCUAAACAAACCAAUUAAAGUAUUGUAUUCCAACUAUCCACAAUCAUCAAUUCUAAACAAAUAUACACCUAAUUUCUAUAAAUUGCUAUCACAAAGUGAGACUCCUUGUCAUAUAGACGCUAAUGUACCUAAUUUGUUAGCAAUGCCAGCUACACCUUCGUCUUUACCAUAUAGAAGACCACAAAUUAGUAAACCAUGCCAGUCGUUGUCACCAACCAUGAUACCAUUAAUUACACCUACUUCUCUAACCAUUAAUUCUUAUACUCAGUUACCUUCUUCAUCUUAUUUAUCGAAAGGAACAAAACCUGUAGGAGGAUUGUUAUAUUAUCCAAUUUCAGAAGCAGUGGAAAUCCCUGCAACAACAAGCGCUUCUUCUAACCUUAGAACUCAAAAUAUGGCACCAUCAUCGCCUAGAUUACCAUACACUCAGAUCGGUGAUACACCUAAAGUAAUGUCUAGUCCUUCAUGGUACACUUCUUAUUCUGUUAACCUUGAAACACCUGCAAUUCCUCAAACAGUUUCCCCUUCUUCAAAUUCCAAUUUGGUUUCCUACUUGACUGUAGAUGUAUCUAGUAAAACUUUAAAACCACAAUUAAUCACCAAACAAUUGCCUGUAAAUGCCUUAGAAUCAAUCACGCCAGUUAAAAUAUUAUCAGUUAAUGAAUAUAAAUCGCCAAAUUUGUAUCAGACACCUGUAUCGCCUUUAUCACCUAUAUUUAUCCCUGAGUUGAGUUCCGGGGAAUCUUCGCCCUUGAAAGUACUUGUCUACACAACACCAUUGAAAGAUAGUGGUUUAGUCUACCUACCAUCACCUAAACUAUCGAUAUCCGCACCUAGUCGAUCGUUCGCGGCAAUAACACCUAUAUCUCCUUUAAAAGAAAGCUCAGAAUACGUUACACCUUUACGAAAUGCAUAUUCUCUGCAAUCAAUAUCAAACUCUUUAACAAAGACAUUACCUGCAUCAAUACAACCAAUACCUGUAUCAGAGUGUAGACAAAUUUCUUCACCCAACUUUUCUAAAUCGUUGCCUUGUAAAUAUGCAAUAUUAAACUUUCCAAGACAUAUUCUUCCUACAACAGCACCAUUAAAUACUUUACAGUAUGCAGUCCCAAAAGUUUCUUCACCUUUAUCUAAACAAAGGUUGUAUGAAUAUAAGCCGGCACCUUAUUCUGUAUUAGAUGCAUCAAAUCCUAUUACUCCAGUUACUGAACUAUCUUCAGUUGCAUCAAUUAAACCAUCAUUACUUGAUUCUGCAGCUAUAUCAAGUGUGAUGACUUCUCAAAUACCUUUAUCGCAAACUGUAUGUCCUAAGUUAUCUCGAAAUUUAUCUGCAAAACGGCUGUUCAGCAAAGAUACCAUUAAUACGCGAACAGCUUCAUUACCACCACCUGCAAGUAUUUCAUAUUCUGUUAUUUCAAAUACAAAUCUAUUAGUACCUCCUAACUCACGUAUAAGUCCUUUGUUACUUAAAGUAAAUACACCAACACUACCCGAAAGUAUGAAGAGCGGACACAUUCAUAACUCAUGCGUAAAGUCUAUUUCAUCACCAAGAUACAUAAAUUGUCCAGUAAUUGCUCAAAGGCCACAAUUACCAAAAUUUGUUUCUAGUACACCAUAUUUACAAUCACUAUACUCAUCACCUUUGACUUCAGAAAUAGGUACGGCUAGUCCUAUAUUACCCAUUGUACCUUCUAUGCCAGUCGAAACUAGUUUGCCUAAAGAAACUCAUAACAUACAGUCUGAAACAAUAGUGCAUCCUCAAAAACUUAUACCACCUUUUGUCACACCAGUGUCAUCAUCUCUGCCAAUGCCUACAUCAAGCUCUCAGACUGUCCCUGGUCCGUACACAUAUACUACUCCAUAUGUUCCUGUUGCUAGUUCUCCAAUGAUAUCAUCAGUCGCCUGCGCACCAAUCAGGAUGUCAGAUCCAUACUUACAAUAUUUUGACCCACAAUUUAAUACUAUAUACUCUACACCUCAGAACGCGGCACCUUCAUCAAAUACAUUCACAAAAUAUUUUUCACCACUGAAAUAUCAGUCAUACUAUCCUUCUAUCAGUUCUGUAUACUCUACUAAACCUUGUCCGAAUUCUCGAUCUCAAUUACCAUUAGUUACACCAUUACAGUCAACACCAAAACUCUCACCUUAUAAAUAUGGGCAAUUCGGAUUGAUAUAUCCUGCACCACAAUCAAAACCAUGUACAAAUGUACCUUUACCUAUAUAUUCAGAUAAACUCGCUUCUCCUACAACAAUCACACACCAUAAACCUUUUGCCAAUGAAAUGCCAACCUAUUCUAAAGCAUCUUCAUUCAAACCUGCUAUGAGUACUAUGUCAUCACCUCCUGCAGAAUAUCCUUCAGAAAUAUCAGCUGUUCAUAUCAAAACUGAUUUACCAUCAGUAACAUCAGUUGAGAGACCCUAUGAUAAUACAAAGUACGUUAUCCCUGAAUCAUCAUUACCUACAAUCAAUCUAAAAAGUGAUGAUAGCUUCAUAACUCCAGUAGAUUCUUCUCUUUCUAAAACUUUAUCAACAUCUAGUCCACUACUAUUUUUAUCAAAAUUAAGUCCAUCAAUACGUAGUCAAUUGACUUAUCCUCAAGCCUUACCUAUCAAAGCUCCAGGUGUUUUGUCUAAAUAUACUUCUCAGCCCGUGAUAUUAUCACCACUCAAACAGUUUUCAUACUAUCCUUCUACAUUCACAGUCACAAAUUUAAAGAAAAGCUCUGAUAAUUUUACCUACUCGAAUACACCACUGUCUAACUUUAAAUCCCCGCAAUCUACAUCAACAUAUGUCACUCCAUUAUCUAACCUAGCUUCAACCCAACACAUUACACCUUACAAUCCUUCAAUAACUUCACAAAAUGCAAAUUACUACACUCCCUUAAAAUCGAUUAUUUCUAAUGCAUUUCCAACCCCAGCCAAAUCUAGAGUGGUAUUCAAUUCUAAACCUUAUUUAAAUAUUGGGCUAAGCCCUACUGAAGUUUCAUCUACCAUAAUUAAUACUCAAUUUUUACCAUUUACUUCUUCUACAUAUAUAACCCCAGAAUCAGCGUCAUUAAAACUGGCUACCAAUGUUGUGAGCCCUGUACCUAAAUUAAUGAGUAGUAGUAGUAGUAGAUUAAUACAAUCAUUGUCAUACCCUCAACCCAGGACUCCACUAUCCACUCCUGUUUCUUAUACAUUGCAUCCUUCCUUACUGUCAUCCUCACUCUUAAAGCCUAUUUACUCAACAAUAUCACCAUCACAAUAUAGUCCAGUCGAGACUCCAGUCUCUCACUAUCCUUCAUAUAUGCCAGCAGAACCUUCUCACGUGACUUCAAAUACCCCUGUAAAUUCACCAUUAACUCAUACUUCAACAUCAAACUACAAAAAUGAAGUAUUAACUUCAUCACCACUGUCAGUACCAUAUGCUUCACAAAAGCCUUUACUCACAAGUAAGGGCUUCUCUUCAUUACCUACCAUUCAGUUUUCUCCAUAUUCAUCUUUAUCGUCAAAUCAUAGAUAUAUGCCACUAACUUACCCAAAAUAUAGAACACUGUAUCCUAAACCUAUGAAUACUGCGUCUAAAGAUAUAAGUUUUCAAAAUUCACAAUUCAUUCAAACAUAUUAUACUCCACUAUCAUCAAUAGCAAAACAGUCAAGUCCUUUAAAACCUAUGCAGUCUAUUGAUUCCUUAUCAACUUCAUCACCACCAAUUCCUACUAUAAGUGCAUCAUCAUCAAAUUUGCAAAAUUAUAAUACAUUUCAAUCACUUUUUAAGCCAGAAUAUAUUUCUGGUAAACCCAUCUCACCAUUUCUUCUAAAUCAAUUUUAUGAUAAAAAUUCAAGUAUGUUUUCAAUAACUAACAACUUUACACCUUUACAAAACGAAAUGAAAAGUAGAUUAUACAAUUAUGUUAAAAAUAACGAUUAUAUCAAGGCCCAUGUAUAUAAUUCAAACGUACAUUUAAGUAUACCUUUAGAUAAUAUUUUAGUUGCUAAGAAAGUAUGUGACGAUCCAAUGGUACACACUAUCAGUCCAUCAAUCGGCCUUAAAAUGUGGCCCUCGAAUCUUAAAUUACUUGAAGCUAAAUUAGAAUUGAAGUUCAAAGAUGUGUCAGUGACCAAUUUUCAACCAGUAGUGAAUAAUUUAGAUACGCAUGAUUUAAAUGAGGUAGUUAAUUUAAUUAAAAGCUAUAUCCGAAAUAAAUACGGUGAAGUUAUUGUUUUAGACAAUAACAAUCAUUUAAAUAACGAAUAUGAAGCUAUCAAACACUGUAACAAUGCGAAAAAUAAAUGCAAUUUACUUUGGCCGGUAGAGACUUCUUGCCAUUCGGUUAAAGCUCCUUUAACCGAAUGGCAAGAAGUUGCAUAG